GAGAGAGUGAGAGGUCUGCUGCUGCUGCUGCUGCUGCUGCUGCUGCUGCUGCUCGUCCUAGUCCUUGCUCCUCCUCCUCGUGAUACUCGCGCCAUGGAGAGCCAUCAUAAGUCGUCAGCUGCGGCUCUGCGCGUGAGGCAGCGCUUCAGCGGCUUCUACGACCUCCCAGUGCGGCAUGACGCGAGUGCUAGCGACAUCGACUCGAGCAACUUCGAUGCAGACGCCUACGUGUCCUCGUUGCUCAAGAGCAAGCCCCUGCCUGACCUCGUGGGGAGGAGCAACGAGCUGUCCUCCGAGAUCAAGGAGCUCGACAGUGACAUGCAGAUGCUUGUGUACGAGAACUACAACAAGUUCAUCAGCGCUACCGAGACGAUUCGCGCCAUGAAGGAGAAGGUGGACGGGAUGGACGGGGAAAUGGAGAGGCUGGCGUCCAAGGUGUCGGAAAUCACGGAGUCCUCCUUCAAGAUCAACUCAAACCUCGCGGAGAGGCGGGUGAGGAUCCAGAGGCUCAACGGCAUCCGCCGCCUCCUCAAGAAGCUCUCCUUCAUCUUCGAGCUCCCCACGAGGCUCAAGAGGGCGGUGGAGCUCGAUGCAGGAGCAGAGGCGGUCAAGUACUGGAGGACCGCCCUCCCCGUGCUGAGGGCGUACGGGCAUGUGCCCUCCUUCAAGGCAGUGGAAGCAGAGUCGACCGAGAUCCUCGUUCUGCUGCAAGAGCGCCUGCGAUCCAGGUUGUCGUCCAACGAGGCCCUCGUGCCAGAGCUGCAGGAGUGCGCUCUGCUGCUGCUCCAGCUGGGGGAGACGAAGAGGAGCGUCCAGAGCGACUUCUUGGAGGUAAUGAGGGUGCGGCUGAAGCAUAACGUGCGGCAUGCCGGGGAGAAAGUGCAGGUAGGAGAGCUCAAGGGAGUUCUGUCGAGAACCUUCCUCGAUCUUGUCAAGGACAUGCUGCUGAGCUACCAGAUGCUCUUCCUGGCUCCCCGCGACGGCGAGCAGGAUCUGCACUCCCCGGCAGCAGGGAAGGAGGACAAGAAGGAGAGGGAGGAUGGGAAGCAGGAGCCAGGAGACAAGGAGGCAGCGGAUGGAGCUAGCGAGGAAGGGAGGACGAUCGAGGAGCAAGAACAGGAGGAGAUGAAUAGGGAUCUGCUAGAGCUCUGCCAUCAGGUCUUGCAGUCUUACUUCGCAGCUGUGGAGGCUGCUGUUGCAAACCCGGACCUUGCGGAGGACGCUGCUGCCGUCCUCUCCCAACUCGAGCUCUGGUACGACGCGGUCAGAGGGGUAGAGGCUGUGCUGCCGGAGGGGAACGUGCUCCCACAGGCAGAGCGAGUGGUGCACAUUUGCGUGAAGAAGAGAGUCCAGCUGACCCUCGAGCACCUUGCUUCCUUCGUGCAGCAGCAGGUGCGAGCCAUCGCCAGGAGCGUCAUGCUGAAGCUCCGCCCGCUGAUCUUCGACGAGACGUACGAGGAGCUGGUGAGGCUUUUCGACACCAUCUGCGUCAGCUCCUUCCUCGAGGGUGACCCGCACGCCUCCUCCUCCUCCGAGCUCAGCCUGCGGCUCGCCUGCUUCUGGCGGCGGAUACUGGAGGACGGCUUUCCUGCCCUCUCCUCACACCUCGACCUCCGGGGAGCAGGGGGCCACGGGCACGAGGCUCAGGUCCUCUCCAACUCUCUCGCCUCCAUCAGGCGUACGCUGAGCAAGUGCCUUGAUGCUCUCCUCCGCCGCUACGUGCAGCUGCGAUCGCAUGCUCUGACCCAGGCGAUCGUGCGAUGCUCCAGCACACUGGAGGAGGAGGACAACGGACAGGGGAGGAGGGCACUGACCGACGCCUUCCUGCAGGAGGUGGAGAAGAUGGAGCGAGAGCUCGUCAUCAUCGUUGAGGAGGAGGAAGGGAUCAAGAUGAGCGCGGAGGAAGCCAAGGUCUACAGGUCCAGCAAGGCGACCAGCUCGCUGGAGGUGCUCGACCUGAGCUUCAAGCACUUGAGGAUCCACAAGGUCUCCCUCCUCCUCCCCGUCAUCGCGCAUGGUCUGCGGACGCUCGUCGAGACUCUGCGCGUCCUCACGUUCUCUCAUGCCGUCUCGUCGGAGCUCUACGAGGAGCAACGAAGGCUGCGGGAAGGCGUGGAGGCGACGCUGACGGAGCACAGUAGGAUAAUGUCGCCGAUGCUGGACGAGGUGACGUCGACGAUCACGAGCAGGACGGCAGACGCGCACUGAAGGGAGCGAGGGAGAAGAGGAGAAAGCAAAGAGGAGGGUGCGAAGUGAAAGUGCCAACUGAAGAAGGAAGGUUGGCAACGAGUGGGGCUGGAGAAGGAGGAAUGGAGGACGGAGAAGGGGACAGAGGACGGAGCAAGAGAGAAAUGGAGCACAGGAUGGGAGGUGGCUGCACAAGAGGAGGAAGUAUGGAAUACAUUUGUUGGUUUAAUGGAUGGUCUCGAAUAUAUUCCUGCUAGAAGUGUCCACCAGUUGCGAAUUGUUUGCGAAAAAUACAUGAUACGUGAUCAGAACUCAUUUCACCUCUACUUGCCCGCCAGACCGGCUCUUUGCUCAUCAACAUCCGCAAUCUUAUUCUGCAAAUCCUUCUUCUUUGACAUCAAUUCGUCCCUCACGUUGCCAUCCUCCGCCAUGUGCGCAUCCUGGUACAACUUGAGCUCGUCGUUGUACUCCUCCUUGAAUCUUCCCAAAAGGUAAUCAAUGACAUCCUUUGCACUGUACUCGUACUCCCCGUCCUUGUUCUGCUUCAUGUAGCGGCGGAUCUGGUUGAUGUCGUCCCCGGCAGUGAUGAGAAUCUCCUCAAUGUACCUCUCGCUCUCUCCUUCCUUCUUGAAGGGGCUGACCUGCGGCAGCCCAGCGUUGGCCAUAAGACUGUUGCAGAGGCAUUUCCUCCCCUCGGUCGCAGCGAGAUCUCCUCCCUUCUUCACCCACUCGUCCACAGGCUCCGACGCGCAUCGGUAUCCCACCUUGCCGUCAUCUCUCAUGUAGGGGGUGCGGAGGUAUCCCAAGUUGCAGACGCGAGGACGGGCGAGGUACUUGUCCUUGUCGGAGAGCGAGCCCUCGAGCUCCAAAACCUUGAAGGGGAAGCCGGUGGGGGAAGCGACGGGGUCGGUGAACACGCGGAGGUCUCCCUGGCUGACUCGCUGCAAGACGACCUGCUUGGGCUCGGGGGCAAGGCCACUCUCCUUGGUGAAGGCGAAGCUAGUUCCAACCUGGAUGCCAGCACCUCCGAGGGCGAGGACAUCAUUGAGCUUCUCGGGCCUGGCAUAGUAGCCAGCGAGCCAGAAGGGAAGGU